AUGCAUUGGUUCAGGACUUGGAAAGUCAUGGAAAUUACUAUCCAGCAAUUAAUGGUACAUUUGGGUUCAAUCCGGAAAGAUAUGAUCAUCCUAGAGAAAAGUGAAUUUGCAAAUCUCAGAGCAGAGAAUGAGAAAAUGAAAAUUGAAUUAGAACAACUUAAGCAACAGCUAAUACAUGAAACUACUAGAAUCAGAGCAAAUAAUAAAUUGGAUAUAAGCCUAGAGAGAAGCCGAGUGACAGAUCUGUUUACAGAUCAAAAAAAGAAACUUAUGGAAGUAACCACUGAAUUUAGCAAAAGGGAUACCCAUAUCAAAAGUGUUAUUUCUGAGACUAGUAAUAAAAUUGCCAUUGAAAUUGCUUCACUAAAAACAGUGAUGGAGUCAAACAAACUUGAGACAAUUCGUUAUCUUGCAGCAUCUGUUUUUACUUGCCUGGCAAUAGCACUGGGAUUGUACCGCUUGUGGAAGUAACAGCAGCUCUUUAGGAUCACCACCAGCAAGAAC